CUUGACAGUUGUCAAAACUGUUGUUUUUGUUGUGCAAAAAUUUGUUGUUAUUGUCCAUACAAUUAGAAAAAAAUAUACCAAAACGGGGAAACUUAAGUUACUACGGAUAUUUUUAAUAACAAUAUUCUUAUUUAUCGAUACCAUGGCCUGGCGUUCCGUUGGAGCUAACAAUGCAGACCUUAUACGUCAAUUGAAAGAAUAUCGAGUAAUUGCGUCUGAUGCUGUAGCUGAGGCAAUGAUAGCAACUGACCGAAAAUUUUAUUCACCUCGUAACCCUUAUAUGGAUGCUCCUCAAAGUAUUGGACAUGGUGUAACCAUAAGUGCACCACAUAUGCAUGCUUUUGCUAUGGAGUAUUUAAGGGAACAUAUGAAACCAGGUGCCCAUGUUUUAGAUGUUGGUUCCGGUUCGGGCUAUUUAACAGCAUGUUUUUAUCGUUAUAUACAAAAUCAGGGCGAAAAUACCAACACUAAAAUAGUGGGUAUAGAACAUCAACCGGAAUUGGUGGGCCUAAGCAAGGAAAACCUAAACAACGAUGAUCCUCAAAUGUUGCAGUCUGGAAAACUUUUAAUUGUGGAGGGUGAUGGUCGUAAGGGUUUUCCAGAUCAUGCACCAUAUAAUGCAAUACAUGUGGGUGCAGCUGCUCCAGAAACUCCAAAUGCUUUAAUAGAACAGUUGGCUAAGGGUGGAAGAUUAAUUGUACCAGUAGGUCCUGAAGGAGGUGAACAAUAUAUGAUGCAGUACGACAAAGAUGAAGAUGGCAAUGUGAAAAAUACACGUUUAAUGGGCGUAAUGUAUGUACCAUUAACUGAUUUGCGUCGCUCCUGACUUGUUUUAGCUUUCAAAGCAUUCAUUGUUUUCGUUUUGCUGGGAUUUUUAACCUAUCGCUUUUGGAAUUGGUUACAUUAAAAAGAUGAACAGGAUUUACUUUUCGGUAGCUGCAUAUUUAUUUUAUAAAAAUUUAAUUUAUUUCAAAAUGUUCCACUUUCCCUUUUAAAAUUGCGAAAUAAACCCUAAGAUUUAUUUA